AAUUCUACUUCCAGACUCGCCGCUACAUUUUAGUGCCAUGAUUUUGGUAUCGCCGAAAACCGUAACGUUAUACAUCUCCCUACUCAUCUAUAGAUGAUCUCUCCUGUUUUCAUAACUACGACCAAGUUCAUAAAAUUCCAUUGAGUCACAAAAUUCCGCUUUAAAGAUGUCAAACUUACUUUAUAUAAUUAAAAAAAUAAAACUCUCUGCCAAUCGCUGCAAUGUAUAAUCCCUCCAAUCGCAAAAAUGAGUCGUACACUCGUACAUAAAAAUUGUUAAAAGAAAAACUUUAAAGUUUAAAGAACUCAGCACGUUUUUUUAUUGUAAUUAAAACUAAUAAUUCUUUCAGGUAAUCUCAGUCGAUAAACAUGGAGCAAGAAAAGGCAACAGUAACCAAAGAGCAUAUGCCAGCCACCAUAGGAUUACGGGGUAUAGAGGAUUCCGAGACUAAAUUUUUACCACCUGCGUCAUCGCCUAGAACACCGAGAGUGAGCUACGAUCUCACCAAGUCAUUUGUACAUGCGAGAAUUGCUGGAACUGCUUUGGAGCCAGAACGCCUUGCGGAGAUUCAUCGAGGACUUUUAAUUGAUGGAGACGUUAGAAUUAUUAGUCAAAUGGAAGGAACACAGGAGAUCCUAUGUCUAAGUUAUACAGAGCAAUGCGAGAUUCUAGCUGCAGGCAUCUCGGAUGGCACUGUCAGACUUAUGAAAGUCAACUCUGGUGAGUAUAUUGGAACACUUCGUGAUACUGAAAUGCAGCAGAAUCCUGGACCAACUACUAGUAUUAAGCAUCGACCAGUUCAUAGGUCACAUCCCAUAUCGCAGACUCUUACAGCCACUUAUGCUACAGGACAUGUCAAAUGCUGGCAUUAUCCUACAGGACAAUGCUUAUACACAAUACGAGAGAAAAGACAGACACUGGGUCUGUCGUAUCAUCCUCAGCUACCAAAGUUUGUUACUGUCGGUGAUGACACCAAUCUCUAUCUCUAUGACGAAGAAACCAAGACGCAGGAACGUGUAUUUCAUGCUGGUGAUUCACCUGAUGUUAUGAAUGGACAUUCAUCACGUGUAUUUUCUGCAUGCUUCAAUCCUAAGUCUGCUCACGAGAUUGUCAGUGGUGGCUGGGACAGCACCGUACACUUCUGGGACACAAGGCAACCGCACUCCACAAGAUAUAUAUCAGGUGUUCACAUGUGUGGUGAUGGCAUUGAUAUAAGUAAAACUGGCAAAGAGAUUCUUACUUGUUCCUGGCAAAAGAAAAAUUCUAUGCAACUCUGGGACUAUCAAUCGAAUAGACAAAUAGUUUCCCUGGAACCAGAUAUUUAUACUAGCAUGUUGUACUGUGGGAAGUACAUCAAUAAUUUAUUUGUUGUUUGCGGUGGAUCCGAUGAGAAUCUCAUUCGUAUAGUUGACCUGCGUUCCCAUACGAGUGCUGCAUCUAUCAGGAACUUACCAGGAGGCGUCUACGACCUAAGCAUUGGUCCAGUCUCGGUGAAACGUACGAAAAAAGCCAAAAACUCGGAAUUACCAAAUUUACCAAAAAUUGCACUCUGUUGUGGCAAAAUGAUACUGGAGAUCGAUAUCAGCUGAUAUGCCAUGAUAAACACAGUUACUCCAGUAUAAUUAUGUAUACUCCAUAAAGUCAAAUCUCUUUAUCAUCUAAUAGAUAUAACAAGACAAGGCGUUAAUCAGCAAAAUAAUCUUCGAAAAUAUUCUCAAGCAAUAAACAAUGUAUUUUAUUUAAUACAAACUAUGGUACAAAAUUUA